AUGCCUAUCAAACUUCCCAAGAGCUUCAACCGGCGAAAGUCGUCCGGGAAUGUUAUGGACGACGUGGAAACCCCUCCACCCUCCUUUCGAGUUUUCGAGCGACCCAGUCCUCAACGAGCCAUGACCGACGGAGCGUCCUUGAACAAGCGCUUCAGCGAAGCCAAUGCGGUACCCAGGAUGCUGGAAGAGAACAACAUGUUUGCCGAGGAGCGACCCCUGGACAAACAUCGGUAUGACCGCCCCUCGACCAUGGAUUCCCUCAGGAAACGACUGACUGGGAGACGUGACAGUGGCAACUACGAAAGUUCGACGUCAACCAGAUUAAGUUCAUCGUCCACCCUGCCAUCCUCUACGGAGGUCCCUCCGCCCGACGAGACCCAAUCUCCGCAUACAAGGAUCCAUGACAUCCCCGAUCCAUCCCCGCUUUCGGGUGCUCUGCGUGCCGCUGGGAGGACCUUUUCCUUUGGCGGUCGCUUCUCAAAGUCGUCGGCGCCCGUUGUUCCUCGACAGGGAACCCCAGAUGCCGCCAAAACCCGCCCGGUGACUGGGAGCACCGACAGCACGGCCACGCCCCCUAAGCUGCCCGACACAAACUUCACUCUGGGUUCCAGCGAUGAUUUCAAUAAGAUGUUCGACAAUAUGAGCUCUCGAAAGAGUGUCAUGCGGGAUCCCUCACCGCAGCCGGGAAAGUACUCCACGUCACCCCCGACGCAUACCCUCCCCGGAUUCCAUUCCAGCAGAGCGGGCGCACCCGACACAAUUAAUACAGACCGAUCUCCGGUUAUCGAGUCACCUCCCUACUCUUGGGACCGUGGUCAUCGUAGCCGCCCAUCUGAACAGGGCCUGCUACACGACUCGGAUGCAUACUCAGAAAACCAAAGCCAGUCCACCCUCGACACUGUCACCGCUUUGCGAAAACCAUCUCCAUCGCCGAAUUUCGCAUCCGAGGCUACCACUGCCCAUCGUUCUCUGGAUCGGCCGAGUAGAGGAAAGUCCGACAGGGGGUUGUUGCGGAGGAGUGGUCUUUACUCGUCACAGCGAGAAUCUGGUGCCUUUGAUGAUGAAGAUGCCAAGAUGGUCCGGCAAUCCCUCAUGUGGAGCAAGGAAGGCUCUGCAGAGUGGGCCGAUGCUCCCAGCUCCGGUGGAACCGCAGCUGUGGACAAGGGCAAGGGCGUCGCUUAUUCUCAGCACUUGAGUCCCGAACCCGAUAAUAUGUUUCAGUACCAUCGCACACCUGCACAUGACGACCGGAUAGAUAACUCGAUUGCGGAUAAUGCACGAUUGGCCGUGCAAUUUGCUGAAAGAAUGCCCAAGUCUACUUCUCCUGGUAACAAGGUGAUGACUCCGUCUCAGUUUGAGCACUAUCGCCAACAGCAAGAGCUUCGACGGUCUAAUAGCAAUGCUACUAAGAGUGACGAGGAGUCCGAUCACGACGACUUCGACGAUGAGGAAGACGAGGUGGAGAAGCAACGUGAGACGGAGCGACAACGACGGAAGCAGGAGGCCCAUCUCUCUGUUUACCGCCAGCAGAUGAUGAAGAUUACUGGUCAACAAGCACCCGCGCAAUCUCUGCACCCAAUGAUGAGCGGAGGUAGCAGCAGCACGCCCAAUUUGCUCCCGAGUCGUCUCUCCGCCCAGGGCGAUAAGUCUGCCAGCGGAAAGAGCAGCGAAGAGGAAGAUGAUGAUGUGCCCUUGGGAAUCUUGGCAGCACAUGGAUUCCCCCAUCGCAAUCGCCCGCCUACUCGUCUGAACAAUGCCAGCUCGAAUCCCAACCUUCGUGCGUCUAUGGCGCCGCCGUAUAUCUCGAGUUCCAGCUCAACGACGGGAGCCCAAGGUGAAGGCAACCGGGGUCUGCCUGUUUUCGCUAGAAACCUGCCGCAAGAUCCCUACUUUGGUGCGGGCAUUCACAAUGGUCCCAACCGUGAAUCAUUGGCUAUGGGAGGCGGUGGCAGCGGGGGAUCUGUAUAUGGAGGGUCUACUUCUCAUCAAAUGCAAAUGCCUCCUCCCGGAGGUCUUGUUGGUGUGAUUGCAAACGAGGAACGGGCCCGGGCGAUUCGCCGAGGAAGUCCCAACACACAGGCAAUGCAUGAGAUGGGUGCUGUGCCGCGGCCAUACUCGAUGAUGUCUCAGCAACAAAACAACGUCACUGCCGGCGAACAGGCCUCCAUUCAGCUGUCACAGCAAAUGGGCCACAUGAUGCACAUGCAAAUGCAAUGGAUGCAGCAAAUGAUGCACAUGCAAGGCGGACAGGGUCAACCCAUGAUGCAGGGCGGUAUGCCUAUGCCACCAAUGAUGAUGCCUGGUAUGCCUGGGAUGCCUGGGAUGCCUGGGAUGCCCAUGGGUUCUCCUUCUAUGACGGGUCCUCCUUCGAUGACCGGAAUCAACCCCAAUAUGAGACCUAUGUCUAUGCCCGCCGGCUCCGCUCUUGGCGUGCCACCCUCGGUGCCUCCUCACAUCGAUCAACGCACAUUAAGCAUGCUGGACCCAAAUGUCUCUGCUCGCCGCACUGGCUCCCCUAUGCCAAACCUAUCUGGUGCUCCCUUCCGUCCUAACACUGGAUACGCAGCUUCCAUUGCUCCUUCGGAGCGUAGCAAUGCCGGCAUGGCAUCUCGCUACCGUCCCGUAUCGGUCAUGCAGCCUGAACAAUCUAACUCGGCUGUCUCUUCCAUGAGCAAAACCUGGGGCGAUGAAAACCAAAACCCCUCCCUGCCUCUAUCGCAAUCACAGCCUAAUCUGCCAAAAUCUUCCCUCGCAACGGUUACCGUGCGGCCCGUUUCACGAACCAGCCCAUCUGGUAACGGCAAGGCUGGAUCCGACGACGAGGAUGACGAUGAGGCAUGGUCCGAUAUGAUGAAGAAACGCGACAAGAAGAAGAGCAGCUGGAAGCUGAAGCGGGGGACUUCUGGGUUCGGUGAUCUAUUGAGUGCCGUACACUAA